ACACACACACACACACACACACACACACACACACACACACACACACACACACACACACAGAGACACACAUAAACGCGGGGUCCUCCCUAACAGAGCCUCUUUCAUCGUGUGAGUCAACAAGAAGUAGCCUCGACAUUGGAGGAAACUAGGAAACAUUGGACCUCUGCUUGUUGGAAGAGAAGGAGGAGGAGGUGUCUUGUCUGCCCGCCUGCUCCCUCUCUCUCACCCCCUUUCUCUCUCUCUCUCUCGUUCUCGCUCUCUCAAUCAGCGAGGCUACUGCCACUAGAGCCAAGAGUUGCCGUUCCGCGCACCGAUGCCAAAACGCACAGGAGGAGUCAGUGCCAAAGGGUCAUUUUAGCGCACCACUGCUGAAAUGGAAGGACUGUAGGGAAUCCUAGAAUAUACAGCAGCAGUUUGACCCCUGAUGAUAUAAUCAUAUCAUUAGAAUAAAGGAAGGGAGAGGAGUCAAAUAAGAGCCAGAAUCACCGGGGGAGCCACCGCGGUCGCUGCAGAGGUGGGCAGUCUAGGAUUUUUAUCCGCAAAAGGUCAUUGCAAACAAAAAAUACCUGAGCAUUUAUCAGCACAUCGGCCACUACUGCACCCUAAAACUCAACUUUGGCUUCCUCAAUCCAGGUGUUGAUUCCUAAGCAGACGCUGCCUGCAGGACACUGUGGAGAGACUGCUCUUCCAUCCUUAUUGCGCGCCUGUCCGGCUCCUCACUCACCUUCCCACGCGCACGUCAAAGUUGCAGCUGAAGACUGUGAACAGCUGAGGAAUUAGGAAAAAAGGAAAGUUGGUCUCUUGUGAUUCAAAAGGGAACCGACACCACGGUCCAAGCCGACUCCAAGUGCCGUUCACCGGGCGAUGCCAGAGUAAAUGCCGGGGCAAUGUCCCGCCGCAAGCAGGUGAACCCGCAGCACUUAUCACUGACGCACAGGGAGACAAUACAAGCUGCUGAAGCCAAUCAUGAUUCAGGUGCUGGAUCUCCAUCUCCACAGCUGUCCACUCCCAGCCCGCAGAGGUUGGGGCCAGGGGAGCAUGACCUCCUGACCUGCGGCCAAUGCCAAACCAACUUCCCCCUGGGCGACAUCCUGGUCUUCAUCGAGCACAAGCGCCGUCUGUGCCGUGGGCCAGGGAGCAGACCCGGGACCUUCUUGAAACCCGGGGAAAGUGGCGGCGUGGCAGGCAUCCAGAUCUCUCCCAGGAUCCGGACGCUGGAGCUGGGCAGAGGGUCCAUUCCAGUGGAGGUGGGCAUCCAGGUGACCCCCGGCGGCGAGGAGCAUGAGGAGAGGAGGAUGACGCCUGCGAGGGGAAUCUGUCCCAAACAAGAAAGAGGAGAUAAAGAUGAGCCAUCCAGCUACAUCUGCACUACCUGUAAGCAGACAUUCACCAGCGCCUGGUUCCUGCUCCAGCAUGCCCAGCACACCCACGGCAUCAGAAUCUAUCUGGACAACCACCUGGUCAACUGCUCCCUUAUGCCCCGCAUGGCUCUUCCUCCGCCCCCCUGCACUGAUGCACUGCCUCGAUCGCCUCUCCCCACUUUCCUUGGUGACACCAACAACCCAUUCCACCUCCUCCGCAUGGCUGCGCCCCUGCUCAGGGAACAUGCCCCGCCCCCAGGGUACAUGGAGACCCGGCUGCCUGCAACUCCGCCCUUCAUCAGCCCCCCGCCACCCCCUAGACCCCCUUUAGAGCGACUGGGCCCAGAGGAGAUGGGGCUGCUGUCACAGCACCCCAGUGCCUUUGAGAGGGUGAUGCGGAUGGCCCCCAUGGACCCGCCAUCCAUGGACUUCUCACGACGUCUAAGGGAACUGGCAGGCAACACGACCAAUAAUGGCGGGCCAACACCCCCUCUGUCCCCCAAUCGCGUGCCACCAAUGCACCGCCUGUUGAGUCCAACACUUUUCCAGCCUGGCGCCAAGCCUCCCACGUUUCUCACCUUUGCCCCGCAGCCACCAACUUCUCAGGGGGGACACGGGUCUUCUACCCCUCCUGAUCCUCAAGGACAGAACCAGACCCCGGGCAAGUCCAAAUCCUGUGAGUUCUGUGGCAAGAUCUUCAAGUUCCAGAGCAACCUGAUUGUCCACAGACGCAGUCACACAGGAGAGAGGCCAUACAAGUGUCAUCUGUGUGAUCAUGCCUGUUCCCAGGCCAGCAAGCUCAAGAGGCACAUGAAGACACAUAUGCACAACAAGUCUGGGUCCAUGAGCGGCUCCCCAGAACAGGGAAACAGAGGAGAAGGAGAGGGGGAAGAAAAGAGUAGGGAUGGAGAUUCAAGAGGGAUGAUAAUCGACAAUGAGGAGGAGGAGGAGGAAGAGGAGGAAGAAGAAGAGGAGGAAGAGGAAGAGGAGGAGGAAUUGAGGAAUGGAUGUCGGACAGAUUCCAACCUAAGUGAGGAUUUGCAAGAGUUUGGCCAGAAUCGGGAGAACGGCACAAGGCAGUCUCCGGAGGGGAAACCCCUGAGCGGGGAUAGAGGAAGUGACAGUGCUGGGAUGGGCAUCAUGCACCCUUACAACCACCUGGACAAUCACCUGAGACUGAACCCCAACAAAAGAAGCCUGGAGAGGCAACCCAACGGGGAUGGAGGAGUGAGGGGUGAAGGAGAAGGAGGAAGAGGGAAUGAGAGGGAGGAAGAGCCACAGCGAACUGAGCAGGAUGAGCACAGGCCUUUGAUGAACGGCAGGAUGAGUGUAUCUGAAGCAGACUCUUUUCCUGGGCUGUUCCAGCGUCGGCCUACCCCGAUCACCAGCCAAAGCCCCUCCAACAACAAGAGGAUCAAGAUAGAGAAGGAACAGCUGGAGCUUCCCCCAACCAUUCCCCUUAUCUCCCCGGAGAACGUCUACUCUCAGCUCCUCGCUGGCUACGCCGCAUCACGCCAUUUCAUCAGAGAACCCUUCUUGGGAUUCACAGAUUCCCGCCAGUCGCCGUUCGCCACCUCCUCGGAGCACUCCUCCUCCGAGACGGGAAGCCUUCGAUUCUCAACCCCACCUGGGGAGCUGAUGGAAGGAGGGAGCGCCUCAGGUCGCAGCGGCAGCAGCACUCCUCACCUCAUGCGGGGACCUGGACCCGGCCGGCCCCCGAGCUCUAAGGACAGGAGGAACGACACCUGUGAGUACUGUGGCAAGGUGUUUAAGAACUGCAGUAACCUGACGGUGCACCGACGCAGCCACACGGGGGAACGACCCUACAAGUGUGACCUGUGCAGCUACGCCUGCGCCCAGAGCUCCAAGUUGACACGCCACAUGAAGACCCAUGGGCAGUUCGGGAAGGAGGUGUACCGCUGCGACAUCUGCCACAUGCCCUUCAGUGUGUACAGCACGCUGGAGAAACACAUGAAGAAGUGGCACGGGGAACAUUUGAUGGCCAGUGAGGUCAAACUGGAGCAGGCGGACAGAGGUUAAGCCAGCAGACAUUAGUCAUACAGACGACUUUGUACACAAGCAAACACUCACACACAUACACACACAAAAUCCCUAUAACCACUUCUUCAGCUAUGGGGCUUGGCUGGAUAAUCUUUCUCUAAAAAAAAAAAAAAAAUUAGACUGAUUGAUGUCCAUCUUUUUCUUGUCACAGAAACUGCCACCUGAGAAUAUAAACAAAGGGAAACUUUAAUGAAAAGUUGUCUGGAAAGCCAUGCUUGGUGUUUCUUGGCAAACUGUCUGAGGAUUUUAUCAGUUAGGAAUCCAUGGAGCCUUUCUACUGUGCAAUAAUUUCUGUAUUUAUUGGAUUUUUUGUAAUGAUAUUUGGCAUGUGCAGGUACAUCUUUGUGGGAUUUCAUAUGGAGUUAGUUUUGAAAUGUGCUUAAACAUGUUUUUUUUUCUCUAAAAUGAGAUAGCUGGAAAGAAGUCCCCCUUAAUACAAAUUUUCUUUUUUUUUUUUCUUUUUUUUUCCUUUAAGGAAGCUUAUUAUCAUGUGAGAGUAAACUUUUGUGAAGCAGUUAGCUUUUAAAAGUAAAAAUAAUUGUUUUCUAUAUUAUAAGCUGCAGCAGCGGACUACAAUCCAUUCCCUCACACAGGCCUAAAGCACUGAAUGUCAGCCUGACAAUAAAAACAUCAGCGUGGAUUUGAAAAAUCCAUCACCGUCUUAGAGACACUGAUUAGCUACCUUCUUUAAAUUUAUUCAGGAAAUUUGUCCUUUUAGAAUAUUGGCAUGUGAAUAAUUAUCUCCAAAUGCAGUUACUGUAUUGCUGUCCUCGCGUCAGUCAGGACAUAAAUAAAGGUUGCACUUAAUGGAGACACCCUUAACUGAUGCUCAGUACAUUCCCAAUGUAGGAUUAAACCACCCUAAAAAGUUAAGACUACUUGUGAUUAACGUGAGAAGAAGAACAGUCCUGUUUAUUGUUUGUAAAUAUAUUCUUUUUUAUGUUAAAGUAGCCCCGACUGUACGUGAAAGACGGCCUAAACAACUAACUAAACAAUCAGAAGACCAGCUGCUCGCAUCAUCCACGGUAUAUGCUAAGUGUAACUACCAUUCAUUAGAACUUUUGCAGACCCACCUGUUUAUCUCCCCACCCACAUUUGUUAAACUAAAGCUACUUCAACAAUCGUAACAGCGUCUGAAUCAUUCUCCAUCUCCCUCUCAUGUCUGGCCUGGCCGCUCUCUAUGACCCAGGUUGACUCCCUGUGUCCCACAAAACGGUUCCAAAUGAAAUUCACAUCAGUGUGUGUGUUAGCGUGUGUGUUUUCUUCUCUCCGCAGCGUGCUCUAAGCCUCUCUCCGACGGCGUCUUUUCACAGUUCACUAGCUCAGAUUCAUGCAUUAGAGCGGCUUUUAAAAGGGAAGCCUGUUCAUUCGCUUCACAAAGUGAUAUGGGUUUAACUCGCAGUAACAGAUUCUGAGACAGUGUGCAUGUUCGUGACUUUUGGGGAUUACAGUUUUUUAUUUUCUGCAUCGUUCAUCCUGAAAUGAAUCUUGCUAUAUGAGUUAUGAUAAUUUUGAGCACAGCUGCAAUGGGGGGUAAGGCCAGGCGACCUUGGGUAGGGGCUAUUCUUAAAGUAAAAAUGAAAGAUUGGAGCUGAGAAAUGAAGAAAGAAAUGGAGGGAGAGAGCGAGCAAGACCUUGACCAGGCAGAAGAGUCAUUCAAAUGAAAUUGGAAGCAUAUGAAAAGUGAGGUUUUUUUUUUUUGUACCUAAAUGCACAUCUACUGGCCACAUCAUAUAACGGACCGUCAGAGUGAGACAGCGAGCCUCAGAGGGAGGGAGAGAGCAAAGCCACAUGAAAGGAGACAGAGACUCAUGUUUCAUUUUUGUGCUGCAAUUCUCAAUCACCAAAAUCAUCUUCACUUGAAAGUUUGACCUGCCUUUUAUGCCCUCUUGUCUGGCUUUCAUUUGCGCCAAAACAUACUUGUUUUGAUGGGAAAAUAAUUUUGUACUUUAUCUUGAAUGCAAAUUUCGUCUUUUUGUGAUUUUUUUUUUAAGAAAGGAAAUGAUGUUGAGGUCACAGCAGCACUCCAUAAGCUAUUCAGUUGCAGCCUAGUUUGGUACUGUUUUGAGAAAUAACACAAAGAAAUCGUCUGAAGAGCUGCUUUCAGCUUGCUUACACAUAUUGAUGCAUGUGUGCAAAAAUCCAGAUCCUUUUGUGAACGCACAGUGUAUUCAUUUAAGGACAACGCAGUCUGAGUCAGGCCUCAAAGAGCCAUACAGCUACAAAAUACAUCACCUUCAAGUGAUGAUCCGACGAACCCUGAGAUCUAAAAUCACACAUGAACAUUCAGUCUUUCAAUAUGUUUACAGUGUUGAAGUAUGCCAUUAAUGAAAUACUCUGUGUAAGUGUUUAAAAUGAUAAUAAAGUAUUGUUUUCUCCAAUGUUCUUUCAAAUGUUUUUGACUGCCAGAGCAGUUUGGUAUGAUUAUCCUGGUGGAGGGAUUUUAUCUUCAUGGAUAUGUUUCUGUAUGAUUACUUGUUCACUGUAUGGGAAGACACAUUUUGAAUUGUAAUAUUGCAGAAUCAUGCCAGAUUAUUGUUUUUUUUUUUUAACAAGAGUGGUGCCAUUAUUGACUUGGUUUCUUCAACCUUUUCUAUUUUAUUUAAAGUUUUUAUAUUUUUUUUUCCGUUGUUUGUUUGGUGAAGCUAUCCUUCAUGGAUGUAAAAGAAAAAUGAAUUUAAAAAAAAGAAUAAGAUGAUCAUUACGAAGAAGAGCCUUCGGCAGGGGAAUACGUUGCUUUGUGCCGGAACGCUUUUCCAAAUCAAUUCUCUGAGAUGUUCAUGAACUUUUUUUUUUUUUCCCCCCUCAUGGUCGGUUGAAGGUCUUGUGACAGCACUUACAACUGUAAUUUAAAAAAAAAAAAAACAUUUUCAUAUUUCACUUUUCACAACUUUCACUUACACUCUUUGUACAAAAUAGUUUCCUUGGUCUUUUUGGGGGGAGUGCAUCAUUGUGAAAAAAAAGUGAUUUCAGAACAGUACACAUCUGCUGUUUUGAACAUAUAUGUAUUUUUGUAAUGUGUUGAAAAAUCAAUACAAGAAAGCCAACACUUCAAUAAAUGUUGCAAUUGCUCUACGA